GGGCGGGGGGACAUGGCCGCGGUACCCAACGGAGUGUCCGCGCCGCCCGAGAGCCCCGGCUUCAGCACCACGAACAGCGGCGGCAGGAUGAACGGGCUGAGCCCCGGCCCGGCCAUCCCCAUGAAGGACCACGAUGCCAUCAAGCUCUUCGUGGGGCAGAUCCCCCGCAAUCUGGAAGAGAAGGACCUCAAGCCCCUCUUCGAGGAGUUCGGCAAGAUCUACGAGCUGACGGUGCUGAAGGACAGGUUCACCGGCAUGCACAAAGGGUGUGCCUUCCUCACCUACUGUGCCCGGGAUUCUGCCCUGAAAGCCCAGAGUGCACUGCAUGAGCAGAAGACACUGCCAGGGAUGAACCGUCCGAUCCAGGUGAAGCCAGCAGACAGCGAGGGUCGAGGAGAAGAUAGGAAGCUCUUUGUGGGGAUGUUGGGGAAGCAGCAGAGUGAGGAUGACGUCAGGCGGCUGUUUGAGCCCUUCGGACAGAUCGAAGAAUGCACCAUCCUCAGAGGCCCCGAUGGAGCCAGCAAAGGCUGUGCUUUUGUAAAGUACGGAAGCCAUGCAGAAGCCCAAGCGGCCAUCAACAGCCUGCACGGCAGCCAGACUAUGCCAGGAGCAUCCUCCAGCCUCGUAGUGAAGUUUGCAGACACAGACAAAGAGAGAACUCUGAGGCGAAUGCAUCAGAUGGCGGGGCAGCUGGGCAUCUUCAACCCAAUGACGAUCCAGUUUGGAGCCUACGGGGCGUACACGCAAGCGAUACUGCAGCAGCAGGCAGCUCUGAUGGCUGCAGCACAAGGGACCUGCCUGAACCCCAUGGCGGCCAUCGCCGCUGCUCAAAUGCAGCAGAUGGCGGCCUUUAAUGUCAGCGGCCUAGUGGCCGCACCCAUGACGCCCUCAUCAGGUACAAGCACACCUCCAGGAAUCAGCACCGCCACGGUCCCCAGCAUAGCCACGCCCAUUGGGGUCAAUGGAUUCAGUCCCCUCCCUCCCCAAACCAAUGGGCAACCAGCAUCAGAGACCAUCUAUGCCAACGGCAUCCACCCAUACCCAGCUCAAAGCCCCAGUGUGGCUGACCCUCUCCAGCAGGCCUACGCGGGCAUGCAGCACUAUGCAGCAGCAUACCCAGCCGCCUAUGCACCAAUCAGCCAAGCCUUUCCCCAGCAAGCCCCCAUCAUUCCACAGCAGCAGAGAGAAGGUCCCGAAGGCUGUAACCUGUUUAUUUAUCACCUGCCCCAGGAGUUCGGAGAUGCCGAGCUCAUGCAGAUGUUCUUGCCGUUUGGCAAUGUCAUCUCUGCCAAAGUCUUUGUUGAUCGUGCCACCAACCAGAGUAAAUGCUUUGGUUUUGUCAGUUUUGACAAUCCAACUAGUGCUCAGGCAGCCAUACAGGCCAUGAACGGCUUCCAGAUCGGCAUGAAGAGGCUAAAAGUUCAACUAAAGCGGCCAAAAGAUGCUAACAGACCCUACUGACCCCUGUUCACCCUGGCCCUGCAAACAGGUUGGAUGUCCUGCAGUGUAAGAAGAGUAUUUCCCUUUUCCCAAGUGCAGUAUCCAAACUUGUAACUCUCUUUCUUUGCAACAUAUCACUUCGGAGGAGGAAACUACUGGCGGCAAGAGAGAGAGCGAGUCAUCUGGUUGUGUGGUGGUGUUUUGUUUUUUGUUUUUUUUUAAAUUCCGAAUCAAAUUUGCUUUUUUUUCUUACAAACAAAAAACAACAACAAGAAGAAAAAACCAAACAAAAAGAGAAGAAAGAGAGGAAAUGAAGUUGGAUGAAGGGACGUGGGAGAACGUUGCUGGGAGGAGAGGUUCCCAGGGGCGGUGACUGUGGGAAGACUUUCUAUUCCUCGGGUCGGACAACGGCCGCCGGUCUGGAAAAGGAAAGCGGACCCAAUCCCGAGUCGAAUGGAACGUCCGAGAAAGGCCUGGAGCCGAAAACCUACCUUUCGAAGCAUUCGUUUGCUGCUACUGUUUCAGAGGAGGACCUGGGUCAGAGGUUUGACAUGGAUUUAAACCAAAGCCAGUGAGAGAGGGUGAGGCUUGUAGGUCUUACCUGGAGAGCAGUUUUGUUUUAAAAGGAUAAAAAAGUGAAUUUUUUUUCCAUAUCUGGGUGGAAAAAGCAAAGGCUAGCAGGAUGUUGAACUUAUAAAGAUAUAUAUAAAUACAGAUAUAUAUAUCCCAUGGGGAGUAGGGAGGGGACUGACCCUCCCACCCAGCUUAUCACUGGCACAGGGAGAUGGAAUUUACUUCUUUCAAAGUCAUAUCAUUCCUUAGAGUUUAGGGACCAAAGGACUCUUGCUUUUUUUAAAAUAUAUAUAAAUAAAUUAAUUUAAAAAAACAAAAAAAAAACACAAAAAAGAAAAAGGUACAGUAUCUGGUGAAGCUGCAAGCCUUUCAGAAACGGCAAAGGAAACACCCCAAAAAGAGGGAACCCCCCCAACACCCCCAGAGAGGACUGAAGAUGCUCUAUUCGCAGGGGUCUGGAAUCCAGUGGCCCAGUGACUGUGUGGGCUCUGGGAGAGGGUUAAGACUUGGAACAGUGGAAAUUUUUCUGUCUGAUAUUUCAUUCCCCGUCAACCCUUUCUCUACCCCUUUUUCCCUUUGCAAAAUAAAGUAGCUAAGGAUCGGGUUUAUGUGCAAGUGAUGGGAAAGUCACCUUAAUCCCCCUCCCUCCCACCAAACCUCCUAGGUAAUCUCACCCCUCUAGCUCUGUCUGACCUAAAGAGCUGGCCCCAAAUUUCCAAACUGGCUAGCCCCGACCCUUGGCAAAAUCGGCUUAUGCCCCUGGGUCUCGAUAACAGGGAAAUGUAGCCAGCUUGAGCACACCUGGGCCUUAGAGCAAGGCUACACCCACAACUCAAGGGGUCAUCCCUGCCCCAGACGGGCCACAUCCUGGUAGGCCCUGUUGUUCUGAGGGCAGAGUGCCCUGAGGAUGGCUGGCGUUUGGUCUUCCUGAAGACCCCAGAGUGCCGCCUGGACUGAGUAAAAAGCGACCCACCCUUGCAACAUAGAAGCCAGGUUUCCUAUUGUCCUGGGAACAGGGGAGCCAAUGUACAGUUGCAAAUAUGCAUCCAGACAGGAGUGGUUGGAAUGAGUCUUAGGGCCCCUUUGGGCAGAAAGCAACUUAAGGGAAAAUUCCCCCGUGGUGGCCAAACGGAGAAGCUCCGUCCCAGAUUACUCCCCAUCAUAGCACUCCAAUCUGUCACUCCAAUCUGUCGGGAUUGGGCCACUUCCUGGGGUGGGCGAUUGCUUCUGUUUCCUCUAACGCCAGCUCUCCUCUCCCCUCCCUUCCUUCCUCCCUCCCUCCAUCAAACCCCACUGCUCUGCCUUCUCAAGGCCAAAUAGGCUUCUUCCUGGCAUCUGGAGUCUGGAGUGGGAGUAGGAGAGAAGUUGCAGGGAGGAGCAGGGGAGAUUGGCCCCGAAUUCUCAUGUUUUUUAACCCAUCUCCAGCCUUCCAGCACCAGCGGGUGGGGCAGAUGCCUUAGUCUGUGACAGGUUGCAGGGGAACUUACCCCCUCCCUGAGGUCUGCAGAGGCUUCAGGAGAGGCCCUUGUCAGGCAGCCUCAGGUUCUGGUUGUGAUGCUGAUGCUUUGUGGGGAAAGAGCAAGGGGUGGAGAUGAGGACCCUGAAGGAAACUGUUGAUAAUGUCCCCUUCCCCACCCACUGUACUGGAUUCAGAUGAGGCAUCGUGGGCUGGAAGAGAGACAAGGGUGCCCGGGCUGCUCUCUGCUCUCUUCAUCCCCUUCCUUCACUGGACCACUGGCACCUGCCUCUUCUGUGACCCCUUGCCCUCUUUCCCCAAGUUUCAGAGCAGAAUGCUGUUUUAAAGAGAGAGUUGGCACAUAACAUACAGCUCUGCUACAUUCGAAGACCCAAACCAACCCACGAAAAAGACAAUCGACUUUAGCGAGUCUGUGAAAGUGACUUUUUUUAACCAAAAAAAAAAAAAAAGGAAAAAUGCCCAGUGCCCAUGAGGAUCCUAGGCAGGACAGGAUCUGGGGUAAGAGCGGUUUCCACUUCUGCUCUCCAAAAGUCAAAAGCUGCCCAGAUUGUGGCAGCCUGGGAUCCAACCUCCACUUCACCCAGGGCAGGAGGGUCAGCGGGGUUCCCCCCGCCAACUCAACCCAGAGUUCCACGUGGCAGCCUUGCCCACAAAAGAGGGCGGAGGGGACUCCUUGGCCUCGACUUCGAGGAUGGUUCUGCUAAUGUUGCUGGAGCAGGGGGUCGGGGCCCGUGCCCUGAGCACAGUUUUGCAAUGCCUGGGAGCACAGAGUGGCCAUUCAUCCAUUUUUUAUCCCGGACAGUCCGGUUUUCAGCUGGUCUGUUCCCCGACUGGUUCCGCAAGGGGGUGGCAAAGGGUGUCCGGUAUUUUUGAGUGCCACCUGGGCUGGAAAUAUCGUUGACCCCUGCCCGGGAAGGAUCCCAAGGAAAGCAGCCCCUGGCUGGGAAUGGAUGCUUCACCCUCUGGAUCCCUCCUAGGUGGGCGCCUUGCCUCCUGGACCAGUGUCUCAGGAUCCAUCGCUGACCAGCACAGCCUGGGCAGCAUCCCAGAGUCCUAUGGGCUCUCCAGAGGUCAUCUAGCCCAUGCCUCUGCCUCCAGCAAAGUCAUCCCUCACAAACAGUCCCAGAAAGAAAAGCAACAAUCCCAUGUUUGAAGAGUUCCAGAAGAGGGGAUUUCACAACUCCUUCUGGCCACCUAUCACAGCAUCUCCCAGCCCUCCCGAGCAGGAAGGUUGUCCUUCGACAGUACCUAACCAAUCCUUCCUGCAGACCGAGAGAACCAACAAGCCGCCCCUGACCAGAGACUUCGGAGGGGGCUUGGGGUGAUGGUCCAGCUAGGGAUCCCCUUCACCAGCCUGCGCCCCUGGAACCCCUCAGCCUGGAGGGGUCCCCCCAGCUCAACUGCCCGCUUGCCCCCCUUCCACCUCCCCACAGAAGUCUACACAGCCUCCCUUCCUACACUUGCCCAGAUUCUCUUCCUUGGCAGAGAGAGAGCCACGUUUGUUAGCAGAAGUGGGAUGCCAGGGGUUCUUAGAGAACGGUUCCUCAGAGAGGGACCCCUCUCUGCCCUUCUGCGCCACCCCUUCUCUCUGCCGAGGGCUGACCUAGGAAUCGCCCAGGGUCUCCUGUGGAAAACCAGUCCUGAUGGCAUCCGGCUACCUGCUCUGUCCUGGACUUGCCCCGUGGCCUUGUAUACGUCACCUCACCUCUCUGUGCCUCAGUUUGCCCAUCUGUAAAAUGGGUGACGGACCGCUUCCUCCCCUCCUGUGGGUGUCUGUGAGGCUUUAUUCCUGUUUGCCAAGCGCUGAGGGAUUCCUGGGUGGAUCGUGCUACAUACCGUAUAUCUUGGCAUGUGAGAUGAGGCAAUUUUCAAUAUUUGGAAGCUUAAAAAUGAGAGCGCCCAGGUGCCCGAGACACAGUCAAAGGAAGUGCGAGUUUCUCAAAAAAAAAACUUUUUCAUUGUUUUGAAAAAAGGGUGCCUCUCUUAUGCAACAGCGUCUCAUAGGUGCUUAUAUACGGUACACGCACAAUCAUCUCUGUAAGAAUUGUUUAUUGCUCGUGGCUUGCCCGUUGGCAUCCCUCUCUGCAAUGCCAAGACCCUUCCUUUCUCCUAAGUCAGGGGCUGGCCUUCUGUGCUUUCCUCAAAAGGCAAGUGCCCUCCCCCUGCUCUCGUCUGAUCUGCUCUCCUGACAUAGUGGCCGACUGUCAGGGAGAUGGGGCGUCCUCCCUCAUCACCAGCCAGUGUCCAAGCAGCUUUCUCACAGGGCCCUGCAGGGACUAACCAGCCCCAGAUCUUUGCUGCUUUGCCACUCCGCCUACCAGCUCCCAACCUUUUAGGCCCCCGGGCAGGGCUGCGUGGGGCUCCCGGGCUCCUGAGAUCAACCAGCAGGACUCUGAUCUCAGUCUCGAGCUGCUUUGCUUCAGCAAGCCAUGGUUCAGACAGCCUGGGGUGACCCGCCAUCCCCAGUAAAGAAAGGUGAAGGCAGGAAAGCUCCCUGUUUUCCUUAGGGUGUUCCCUCAGCCCCUCUGCUAAACCUAAGGAGAGUCUGGGCUUCCGCUGAAUACGCUCACGUUUCCUGCCAUUCUGCGAUUUCCCUUCAUCCCCUAAGCCUUCCUGUCCCUCAACCCUGCUCCCGGCACCCGGCUUCCGGCUGCAUUUCCAUUUUCUCUAGAGAAAAGGGCUGAAUUGUGUUCCUUCCGUGCUCUCGUCAAACCCCUGCAGCAGCCUGACCUGUUCCGUCCCCAAGGGGUCUAACUCUUUUCUGCUUCUUAAAGAGCCACCCAUCAUUGCACAGGCUCAGCUCCUGGGUAGAGGGCUCACUGAUUGGUCAAGAAGCCUUGGCCCUCGGUGUCUAGAGACAACCCCUCCGCUGAGGCCUCUGCCUUUUGGCGUCCCCAUGCAUUCCAGCUACCUGGUGUCGGCCAUGAAGCAUGCCAGCCGAUGAAGGGACAGCUGGACACUUCCACACCAAGAAUGGCUGCAUUUGAGCGGCGGGUGGAGUAGUUCGGGCCUAGAAAGGGGGCAUCUCACCUAAAGGAGAAUGAGGUACCACCCCAUUGAUGUUGGCAUUCCUGGGGCAGAGAGAGAGGCACACAGAGCCGGGGAAGCCAAGUAACAUCGCCCAGGAAACGUGAGCGGGCGCUGACUUGCGGAAGCCCUGGACGUUGUCAGAGAAGAGUGACCCAGCGAGUGAGGCUGUCACUGGCAAGAGGAGAUGGAGCUAAAACACAAAAUGACCUUACCCCCAUCUUUGGGGAAGAGGAUCCCCUUUCUUCUGUGCCCUUCCUUCCCUCUCUUUCCAACCGCUGAAGGGCUUGACAGAGCAGCUUUUCACUCCCGCUGCAGCCCAAAGGUGGAAUGAGGAAGAGGAAUGGCUUCAGCUACAAAAGGAGGAUGAAAAAACAGGCCUCCCUUUAGGGGUGGCAGGAAGCUCUUUCGAAAGGGUGACACCGAGACAGAGUGGUGAUGGAAAACCAGGUUGGGGAGGAUCCUUGGGGGAUCAGUCUGUGGCCCGGUGGAGGUCAUCUCAGCUGUUUUCUCUCUCUCUCACUCUCAUGCUUGCUCUUUCUCUGUAAUGCAGACUCUCAGGCCUCAACUCAGACUCCUGAGACUAGGUCAGUUCCUUCACCUGGACCCCAUUCACACAUGGCAGCCUGAGUUUGGGCCUCCUGGGAGCGCAGCUGCUGGAUGGGGGAGGCACGGCGAGGGAGUGGGAAAGGGCUAGAUGAAAUGUCUGGGCCAUAUGAGGAAUUGCACAGUAAAUGUUUCCCCCCACAGCUGCUGAGCUGGAUCAAGUGUGUACUGAGCAGGGGAUUGACUGCACAGAAUCCGUGCUCCCCUUUCCCUGAAAGGACUGUCAAAUCCAUAUCGCUUUCCAAAAAACCUUUUACCACG